UCAGGAGGGCUGAGAGAGCAGGAAGAGGGAAAACGAGAAAACUAAUGGGUCAAAGUAACGACAGUUUAGUAAGUGAAGGAAAGAGGGGGGAAAUACCCAGCAGUGCUGCCAGGGCAGUGGCUCUUCCUCCCACAAGCAGGCUGAUGCCCCUCUCCAAGUAACAGCCACCUUGAAGUCAAACACUUCCCCCCUUCUUCCUCUGCUGCAGAUUUUAUUGCUGAAUAUAACAUUAUACAGUGUGGAAUAUCUCUUUGCUCAGCUCAGGUCAGCUGUCCUGGCUGUGCUGCUGCCUGUCCACCCCCAGCCUGCUCACUGAGGGAGAGAGAGCCCUGACGCUGCCUAGCCAGGACACUGCUGUGUAAACAACACUGCUUUGGCCACAAAUGCCUGGUGAACCCGGUGCAGGACUUUGUGAAAAAAGUAACACCAUCCCAGCAAGACCCAGCACAGCUGGGGAAAAGACUGCCAGGAGGGCAAGAAGCAGUGCUGUGUGCUCUUGUGAGCCAUUAGAGCAACUACAUCUGUGAGACCAGCCUGCUGGUCUGUCCAGAGGAAGAAUGUAUUUCCAAGUGACAAAGGAGACGGGUCUAUAGAACAACAACACAUGUACCACAGGAAUUGGGACAGAUCAUGGAUUCAGAAACGUUUGAAAAAUCUCGUCUGUAUCAGCUGGACAAAAGUACUUUCAGCUUUUGGUCAGGCCUUUAUUCAGAGAUUGAGGGCACUGUGAUUCUUCUCUGUGGAGGAAUUCCUUUUCUCUGGAAUCUUUCUGGUCAGAUCUCUGGUCGUGCUGGGUUUGGACCAGAAUAUGAGAUUGUUCAGUCAUUGAUGUUUCUGCUGCUUGCAACACUCUUCAGUGCAGUGACCGGCCUCCCGUGGAGUUUAUAUAACACAUUUGUCAUAGAAGAGAAACAUGGCUUCAAUCAACAGACACUGGGAUUUUUUUUUAAGGAUGCUUUCAAGAAGUUUAUCGUGACUCAGUGUAUUCUGUUGCCAGUGACAUCCCUUCUGCUUUACAUUAUUAAAAUAGGGGGAGACUACUUCUUCAUCUAUGCCUGGCUCUUCACAUUAGUUGUUUCCCUGGUGCUUGUUACAAUCUAUGCGGACUAUAUUGCACCUUUGUUUGAUAAAUUCAUUCCGCUUCCUGAGGGAGAGCUCAAGCAACAAAUUGAAAUAAUGGCAAAGAGCAUUGACUUCCCAUUGACUAAGGUGUAUGUUGUUGAAGGUUCAAAGCGUUCUUCUCACAGCAAUGCUUAUUUCUAUGGAUUCUUCAAAAAUAAGAGGAUAGUACUCUUUGAUACACUCCUGGAAGAUUAUUCUGCAUUGAACAAAGAGCCAGCAGAAGGAGAAGAUGGUGAGAAUGAAGAGACAAAAUCUAAAACCAAAAAUAAGAAACAAGGAUGUAAAAAUGAAGAAGUUCUAGCUGUACUUGGUCAUGAAUUGGGUCACUGGAAACUGGGUCACACUGUCAAAAAUAUUAUCAUCAGCCAGAUGAAUUCCUUCCUCUGCUUCUUCUUGUUUGCGGUGUUAAUUGGUCGAAAAGAACUCUUUGCUGCAUUUGGUUUCUAUGACACCCAGCCUACCCUGAUAGGCUUGAUGAUUAUUUUCCAAUUCAUUUUUUCACCUUACAAUGAGGUUCUCUCGUUUUGUUUGACUGUGUUAAGCCGACGAUUUGAGUUCCAAGCGGAUGCAUUUGCCAAGGAGCUUGGGAAAGCUAAAGACCUAUAUUCUGCUUUGAUCAAGCUAAACAAAGAUAAUUUAGGAUUCCCUGUUUCUGACUGGCUCUUUUCAAUGUGGCAUUACUCCCAUCCCCCCCUUUUAGAAAGACUUCAGGCCUUGAAAGAUGCAAAGCAAGAUUGACAGGAAUCAUUGUUGGUUCACAGAUUGUGCUUCCAUCCCAGAAGCAAAGUUCAGAGCUGCUUUUAAAUUUCUUUUUAAAAAUGGAUAAUGCCAGUCAAGUGCAGUGUUAACAGCACCACAGAUAUAAGAAUCCUGAAACAGGUAUUACAUUAUAAAUUACUUUUUUUAACAAAAACAAAACUGUGGAACUUAAUUUAGAAAAAGUACUACGUGAAGACCUUCCCCCCACACACACCGGCUUUUAUCUCUGUAUCACACUGUAAGUCUUGUAAAGGUAGGAAAAAAAAGUAUGGACUUCAGAGCACCAUUUCUUCAGUUUGUGUAUGCCUUGAACAUUGCUUUUGAUUCUUUCUUACUCUCAGUAUUCUGUAAGCCUUCCUAGUCUCAACCCUCUUCACAAUGAAGAGGGUUUAAGUGACAUGUUUUCUUGCGUAUUAAUACUUGUACUCACCAGUCACUGUCUUGUGUUUUUAAAAGCUGAAUGCAAGCACAGGCCUUUCUCCUGGAUUACUGUCUGUUGUAAUUGAAAAUGCUACUUAACAAAACCUCCUUUCUCUGAAGGGUGGGAAGAAGGAUGAAUUACAGCUGAGGAAAUGUACCAUGGCUUCCUUGAAAAUGAGCACUAGUCAGUAUUAAGUAGCAUUAUAGUGGGAUCAGGCUUCUCCUGUACUGUGCUGCUGGGGGUGUGGAAGGAUGUUACAAAGAAUCACAACAUGUUAGAGAAAAGUGCUAAUCCUCUGUUCUUCUACCUUUUGUCUAUGAACAGAUUGGUUAACAGCUUUUCCAUACCUCAGUUCCUCCUUUUUGUUGUGCUUUGCCUAAAUAUUUUGUAUCUGUGGAAGUGUCCAGUUGCUCAGACAGUACAUCAGAGCCACGCUUUGAUUCUGAAGGGGUUUGUCCUCUACUCCACUGGGAGUUUUCCGUUAAGAUGAAAUAGCUGUGCUGGAAUACUUAGAAAAUAUUUCUUCUUGUUGUUAUGAUAUAAAUAGCCCAAGGCAGUUUGUUCAUAUAUAGGCUAGUGAAGGACAAAUGGAAUAAUUGUGGAAAUGGCUUCUGCAUUGAUUGUCUCAUAUUUUUCCAACAAAAGCUGGAAUUAAAUUUACUUUUGUUGAAAUAAAGAUAAAAAUGAACGACAA